UUGCAGCAAGUUCGGAAUCGAUUGAUAUUUACGCCAGCUUCAUAUAUAUUAACUAUGUGAAUUAUAUAAGGAAUUCGUACAAUGAAUUUUGCCGCAUUUUAUGACGGUUUUUAUCAUAUUUUAUAUAGAAACAAUUCGUAAUUAAAAUUGAGUUCGGUACGGCUUUUGCACUGUGCUGGGUUAUGUGUUCUCCUGCAUGCAACAACAGCGGCGCACAACAAAAAUAAGAAAACUUUUGUAUCUAGAGAUUACGGAAAAAAACAUCUAGUUGUUUAUUUGUUUCCUUUUUGCCGCACGAUCUACGAAGGGGUGAUAAAAUGCAGUGAAUUAAAGUGCGAGUGUGUGUGUGUGCAUGUGUACGUACGUGUGUUCUUCGUAGUCUGCAUGGAAAUCGUGGUCGGUCGUGGGACCGCAGUGAGCAUGAUCGAGAGGUUCACUCAUCCAGAAAUAUUUGUCAAUCUGUCUUAUCCCAAACUUGACAGUAAGCUCUUCUUACAUCUGCGUUUAGUCUAGUUAGAACCGGUGAACAAACCACCCGCGCCUCUCGCUCUCGCAAUUUGCCAUCCCGAUCCGAACCAGAGCAUGUCAACUGGUGGUAGCGGAGGUGGCGGAGGAGGCGGCAUCGGUGGCGGUGGGCUUUACGAAAACUUGCAAUUAACUUUCAGCGGAAGACCGGUGGAAGUGCGCCAGUUUCUCCAGAGCGACGCGCGUAAACGCAAAAGCACAUCAGAAGUUUCCGGAAUGUCUCACAUCAAGUCGAAGACAGCGUCCAGGAGCGUCUCGGACCUGAAACUGGAGGAUGAAGCCGGUGGAGAUCAGAAGGAGGUGGUAGCAGAGGACAGCAUGCUCAAAGAUGACUCCUCCGGAAGCGUAGAGACGCUUCUUGCGGAAGACGGAAAAGCAGCGAAGAUGCUGUUCGCAGAUGAAAACGAAAAGGUUCCUAAACAGUAUUCGGCAACGGGACUUGACGAUGGCUACGAAUCCUGCAACAGCACUCCUCACGGAUCAGGAAGUAAAACGAACAAACAUUUAAAUGUAAUCACUACGCUACUACCAGCUUACAUGUUUCGAAAAAAGGAAUUACAUGUACAAUUAGAAAAUCGCAAAUUCGAGUCUUUCGCAUUAUCCGCCAGCUCAAGCCAAGUAGAGGUCGAUCCACAGUCACCCAAAGAUCCUGGCGAUAAUCGUGAAACAUGGAGCUCCAAUUUGGAUUUUCUACUCUCAAUCAUAGGAUUCGCAGUCGAUUUAGCGAAUGUCUGGAGGUUUCCUUAUUUGUGUUACAGGAAUGGCGGAGGCGCUUUUUUGAUCCCCUAUACGUUGAUGAUGAUAUUCGGGGCUGUGCCCUUGUUUUACAUGGAAUUGAUCCUCGGCCAGUACAAUAGGCAAGGACCCAUAAGCGUGUGGAGGAUAUGCCCAUUGUUCAAAGGCGUCGGCUUUUGCGCUGUUUUGGUGGCGUUCUACGUCUCCUUUUAUUACAACGUCAUUAUAGCGUGGGCGUUGUAUUUUUUAGGAUCGAGCUUCAGCUCGGAACUGCCUUGGUUGCAUUGCAACAACACAUGGAAUUCAGAUAUGUGCUGGGACAAUGUUACUAAGCUAACUGUAAACGAGUCGGAGAUGACCAACAGGCAUUCACCUGCAUCCGAGUUUUUCCACCGAAAAGUAUUAGAAAUGCAAUUCAGCGACGGCUUGCACGAUAUUGGUUAUCCGAAAUGGCAAUUGGUGGUUUGCCUAGUCGUGGUUUACACAAUGCUCUACAUUUCCUUAUUUAAAGGUGUUAAAUCAUCAGGUAAAGUGGUUUGGAUAACAGCUACGAUGCCCUACGUCGUCCUCACCAUUCUCUUGAUACGUGGAUUGAUGUUACCUGGAGCUCUCAAAGGAAUCUCGUAUUACUUAAAACCGGAAAUGUCAAAACUGAAGGAAACUCAGGUUUGGGUGGAUGCUGCAGUGCAGAUAUUCUUCUCGGUCGGUGCCGGAUUCGGUGUGCAUUUGUCGUACGCUUCUUACAACACAUUCCAUAAUAAUUGUUACAGGGAUUGCAUUGUGACGACUGCCGUGAACUGUUUCACUAGUUUCUUCUCCGGUUUCGUGAUCUUCACGUAUUUGGGUUACAUGUCGCAUAAGCACAAUGUUCAUAUUAGUACUGUUGCAACGGAAGGUCCCGGACUCGUGUUUCAAGUGUACCCAGAGGCAGUUGCCACGUUGCCCGGAUCACACAUUUGGUCCAUGCUCUUCUUCUUUAUGCUCAUCAUGUUAGGAUUAGACUCUGCGAUGGGCGGUUUGGAAUGCGUUAUAACUGGAAUUAUGGACGAAUUCGAGCCGCUGUUCAAGAAGUGUAAAUUAUCGAGAGAAGUGUUCACGCUGAUCGUGAUAAUCCUCUCGUUUUCGGUCGCCACCAUCAAUGUGACACCGGGCGGAAUCUACUUGUUCCAUUUAUUGGACACUUAUGCAGCUGGUAUUUCUCUGCUGUGUUCAGCUUUGUUCGAGGCGAUCGCAGUUUCUUGGUGUUAUGGAUUGGACAGAUUCACGCAGGACGUGGAAAGCAUGAUCGGCAUUAAGCCCGGUUUGUACUGGAGGGUUUGCUGGAAAUUCAUCAGUCCCCUAUUUAUCAUCGGCGUAGUAAUAUUCGGGUUGUUGUAUCCACAGCCAUUGCAAUACAAUGACUACUUUUACCCAUCGUGGGCGAAUUACAUAGGAUGGUUCCUAGCGUUAUCCUCGAUCCUGAUGAUUCCCAUCGUCGCGGUGAUCCAAAUCCUCAAAACCAAAGGAUCCUUCAUGGAGAGGUUGGCCAUAAACAUCUCACCGAUGGAAGAACAUACGGCGAUCAGAGAAGAGAAGAAAAUCAGCAGAUUCAGAGCCAAACAUUGGCUGUACGUUUAAGACUUCUUGUAGAUAAUAAUAACGUUGUUCGUCGCUUGAAAAAAUGCGCGUGUAAAAUCUCAAUAAUGAAUAUGUGAAUUUCUUUGUGUUGUAUAACGAUAUUAUGUGGAUACUUGCAUGCUGGUUCAUGUGCUAUUUAUUUAUUGCGUAACAGAAACAAUAUUGCCUUCGUAUUGUUUCUGGUUCACUUUAUAUAUAUAUAAAAUAUAUAUGAAAAUAUAUGUAUAUGCUGUAAGAAUUGAAUUAGUCGUUGUAAGUUAGGGAUUUUUAUUUCAUAUGUACAUAUGAAGAACAAAAUGAUGUAAUA